GGCUUCGAUAGUUAGUCAGUCAGUUAGUUGUUCGAUCGUUGUCGCUCUUGUUCGCAAAACGAGGCGCCGCUUCAACUCUGCGCACUCUUGGAUCUUGGCGCCGAUACGCUGCAAUGGCCUUUCUCGACGCGUGGGUCGUGGACAAGACAAUGUUUGAGUACGUGAGCAAAGGCGGCUGCUCGUGCUGCGGCAUUGCCUCGGCCAUGAUCAACUUUGCGGCACUGGACGCCCCGUGCUCCGACUGGGAGACGGACGACGAAGACCGCGAAAUGUUCUCGCCAUGGCCGACGUUCAUCCACGAAGACGUGCAGAAGCAGCGCGUCAUGAUCCGGCACCGCCUCAAGCAGCACGUGCAUGCGUACGCGACAUUUUGGGCCGAACACGGCGCCGCCUUUUCGACGUGGUGGACCGAGCAAACGGCCGCGACCAAGUUUCGAUUGUUUCAGCUUCCAGAAGCCGACGUCACGACCUACGUGCACUCGCACGCGGACGUCCAUGGACCCUACGGCAUCGUGCUAGCAACCGUCACGGAGCAAAUCAAGCAUUUCGCAGGGACGGGGUACGUCGAUGGACGCACGGCGGCCGAGGUCGCCUUGGAGCGCCAUCUGCAGUUUGAAAAAGGCGCGUUUACACUUACGCCCAGCUACUUGGAGCUACCGGCGGACGCGCCAAAUGGGUUUUGUGCGCUUUUGCAGCAUUUUCUCUCGGGCCCUCGCCUCUUGCCGUCGUCGAUUGAAGAGACACAUGGCGACAACAACAACAGCGUUGCGACGAGCCGCGCACCCGACGCCGUCCAAAGCUUUCGUUCGGACCGCCGUGUGGUCCGGCUCGUCCUUGCACGACUCUUUGCGGACGUGGUCAUUGCCAAGUUCAAGCGCAGUCGGUCGGAUACAGCAACUUGAUGAUAUUCAUAUAUGUGCACCGCACAAUGCCCAUACUAAGAUACUAAGCGAUGGUAUAUUCGACGCUCA